AUGCUCGACAAUCCGGGAGCGCUCGCCGGCCUCGCCGCCGCGCUUCUCGGCUCCACCUAUUUUCUCUAUGUGAAAUUUUUGCGCGCCGCCCGUGUCAUUCUGCCGAACUGUCUCGAUUUGGACCAUCAAGCGGUUCCCGUCAAGGGCCAACCCGGCGUGUGGAAAAGCGCGCUUCUCAGCGACGACGACGGCGACGUGCUCGAGCGCUUCUAUCCGCACAUCGCCACCAUCCACGACAUCUUCAUGAUGGGCAAAUCGGAGAGCCUCGAUGGUCCGUGCGUCGGCUGGCGCGAGUCCGACACCAGCGACUACGAGUUUUACACGUACGGCGAGGUGCACGCGAACGCGAAACGGCUCGCCAUGAGUCUUGUGCACGAGUACGGCCUCACACCAGGCAACGAGACGAACGUGGGAAUCUACGCGCGCAACUCGCCGCAAUGGCUUUUCAGCGCUCUCGCCUGUAUCGAGCAGUCGAUGGUGGUGGUGCCGUUGUACGACACCCUUGGCGCCGAGGCGGCCACGUUCAUCGUCUCGCAAGCCGACAUCAGCGUCGUGAUUGUCGACAAAGUGGCGAAGGCGAAGAAUCUCAUCAACAACGCCGAGAACAUGGUCACGCUGAAGACGAUUCUCGUCAUCGAGGCCGACGGAUUCGACGAGGACGACGCCAAAUAUCACGGAAUUCGUUUGGAGACGCUCGAGCACGCGUUGGAGCUCGGCGACAAAUACUCGUACACGAAUUUGCUGCCAAAACCGGACGACACUUAUAUUAUUUGCUACACGUCGGGCACCACCGGUUCGCCGAAAGGCGUCGUUCUGACGCAUCGCAACAUCGUCGCCAACAUCACGGCGUUACUCAAAAUUCUGUUCACAUUCCAUCCGGAAAUGAUCGACACCACACAAGUACACAUCUCGUAUUUGCCGUUGUCGCAUAUGAUGGAGCAGAUCACGCAUUGGACGCUGCUCGGAUUCGGCUCGAAAAUCGGCUACUAUCGCGGCAACAUUCAGGGCCUCACCGACGACAUCAAAGCGUUGAAGCCUACCGUAUUCCCGGUCGUGCCGAGACUCCUCAAUCGACUCUACGACGCUAUUCAGUCGAACGUUCAAAAGCAAGGCCUCAUCGGCAAACUGAUCUACAAUUUCGCGUACGCGCAAAAACUGAAGCAAGUGCGACGAGGCGUCGCUUCGCGCAACACCAUCUGGGAUCGUCUGGUGUUCGCCAAAAUCCAGGAGCAGGUGGGCGGCCGCGUCGGCCUGAUGGUGACCGGCUCGGCGCCGAUCUCGUCGACGGUGCUCGAGACGUGCCGUGUGGCGCUCGGCGCCGUCAUCGCCGAAGGCUACGGCCAGACCGAGUGCACCGCUCUGGGCACGUUCACGUGGCUGCCGGACCCGUCGGGCGGCCAUUGCGGCGCGCCGGCGCCGUGCACGCUGCUCAAACUCGGCGACGUGCCCGACCUGAAUUAUUACGCGCGCGACGGACGCGGCGAGGUGCGCAUCAAGGGACCAUCGGUGACGAAGGGCUACUACAAAGACGCCGAGCGGACCGCCGAGUUGUUCGACGACGACGGCUUCCUGCAGACCGGCGACAUCGCCGAAAUGCUGCCCAACGGCACGAUCCGCAUCAUCGACAGGAAGAAGCACAUCUUCAAAUUGGCGCAGGGCGAGUAUGUGGCGCCGGAGAAGAUUGAGAACGUCUACGUCCGAUCGCCGGUCGUUCAGCAGGUCUACGUCGACGGCGACAGUCUUGAGAGAUGGCUCAUUGCUGUUGUGGUGCCGCAGCCGUCGGCGUUGAAAUCGUGGAACGAGAGGAAUGGACACGACGGAAGGGAUCUCGACGAGACGAUUCGCGAUCCGAAAGUCCACGAUUACGUUCUAGGCGAAUUGGUGGCGAUUGGAAAGGCGAACAAAUUGAAUUCCAUUGAACAGGUGAAACGAGUGAUUCUGACGAACGAGGUGUUCACCGUCGAGAACGGGCUGCUCACGCCGACGCUCAAAGCGAAACGACCCCAACUGCGAUUGAAGUUCAAACCGCAAAUGGCGAAAGUCUACGCCGACAAUCCGAAUCUCUAA